UGAAAAAGGCGCAGAAAAAGUGAAAAUGAUUUUGGGUAAACAUGGUCUUUUAGCCGAGGACGAUUGGCAACCAAAUCAAUCAGAGAAACUAAUGACUGCAGAUAAUGAUAGAGGAGUAGUAGAUCAACUUCAAGAGGCUGGUGAAUUCAAUUCAGACAGUGGUAAUGCUGCUUUAGCGUCAGCUGCAGCCGCUGUCUCUGGUAUCCCACCAAAAGAUCCAUUAAAUUUAUCCAAUGAUGAAUAUUAUGCCAUUCGAAGCGGUGCACUAGCUUUAGGCGGUCUAGCACGAUGUGGUCCACUACAGCAUAGUACACCGGCUGUGGAAUUAUGGCCACCAUUUUUCCCAACAUUUAUGAGUCCGUUACGCCUACGUCAGUUUCAUAGAGUUCCAUUGAAAAGAUAUCUUCGUGGUCCAAUGUCACAGUUCAAUGUACCCUUUCCUGUGACUAAUCUCACACGUCAUAUCCAUCGUAAAAUGCGUGAAAGAGAAGAUGAACGAGCUGCUACAGGUGGUGGUGAAAUUUUCUUCAUGAGAAAUCCUGGAGAUUUAUCUGGAGCUGAUGGAGAGAUUGUUUUAUUUGAAUUUUCUGAAGAAUACCCUCCAUUGAUGGCACAGGUUGGUAUGGCUACAAGAAUAAUAAACUACUAUCGUCCAUUAGUGCCAAGAGAUAGAUCCCUUUCACCAUGUCCACAUGCUUACAAUGAACCACCUGAACUACCGUAUGGUUCACUUGUUUACGUUGGAGGUUCUGAUAGUCCAUUUCUUGGAGUUAUUCGACCCGGUGGUUGUUUACAGACUGUUGAAAAUAGUAUGUAUCGUGCACCAAUCUAUCCGCAUACACUUUCCAAUACUGAUUUCUUAUUAAUACGUAAUCGUAAUGGGAUUAGUAUACGUCGGAUAGCCAAUGCAUUUACUGUUGGUCAAGAAGUACCCCUAAUGGAAGUCCCUGGUCCAAAUUCAAAACGUGCUAACAAUUUUGUACGUGAUUUUCUACAAGUAUUCAUCCUGCGCUUAUUCCUACGUAGUACAGAUGAACCGAAACGUAUUAAAAUGGAAGAGAUUCGUAAAGCUUUUCCAAAUCAUUCAGAAAGUAGUGUCAGGAAACGAUUGAAAAUCUGUGCUGAUUUUAAACGUACUGGUUCUGAUGCAAGUUGGUGGGUUCUACGCUCUGACUAUCGAUUACCAUCAGAAGAGGAAGUCCGCUAUCUUGUUUCACCAGAAGACUGUUGUGCACAUUACAGUAUGCUGGCGGCUGAAUUACGUCUGAAAGAUGCUGGUUACGGUGAAAAGUGUCUAUUUGUUUUGGAUGAAAAUCAAGGCGAAGAAGAAGAAGAUAAAGAAGGUCAACCUAAAAUGGAAGAUGAGGUGAGAGCUGCACCAUGGAAUACAACACGAGCGUAUUUAGCUUCACAACGUGGUGGUUGCUUCCUUGAAUUACACGGAGCUGCUGAUCCAACUGGUUGUGGUGAAGCUUUUUCCUAUUCUAAAACAUCAGCUAAACCUGGUGCAUUAUUUAGACAAGCCGGUGGGGAAGUGGCUAGAGGAUUAUUAAAAGGUAAACGUACUGUCACUGGAACUGAUGCUGAUUUGCGUAAACUGCAUCUACGUGAUGCACGUGCUUUAUUACGUUCAUUUGGGAUUAGUGAAGCUGACUUGAAGACAUUUAAACGUUGGGAAAUCAUUGACAUGGUUCGUUUCACAUCGACUGAACGAGCUAAACAAGGCGAAGAAGAAGGUUCAGCAAAAUUCGCUCGUGGUAAUCGCUUAUCAAUGAGUGAACAAAUUCGUUGUUAUAAAGAAGAAUGUCAGCGAAUAUUUGAUCUACAAAAUCGUGUCCUGUCGAAUCCAGAACUGUUAAGCUCUGAUGAAGAGAUGAGCAGUGAAGAUGAUGAAGAUGAAGUCACCGGGACUGAUGGUGUUGGUGGUCAUCGAUCUACAGGGCUAGGUGGGCAUAGUUCCAGUGGACCGAGUAAUUCCAUAGGCGGUGUACGUCUGUCCAGUCUAUCGUCAUCAGCUCGUUCUUAUGCACAAGUUAGUCGUAAUAUGGAAUCGUUAAUGUCUAAUCGGAUAACAUCUAAAGAGUUAGACAGUAAAGGUGAUGAUAAGGAUCGAAGUAAACUGAAAAGAGCUUUAGAAGGCAGUGAUUCAUUACCAGGAACAAAACGACCACGUAAAACGAAUCAGUUACAGCUGAAAGAGGCUGACUUAUCCAGUACAGAAUGCAAUGAAGGCAGUACAAGUGGGAAUACAGUGUAUGAUGCUAGUGCUACUGCCGCUGGAACAAUUCUUGACUUACAACCACCAUGGCCAAAUGCCAAUAAGAAAAUGUUACGCAUAAUGCGUACUUAUUCAGAAGACGGGCAUCAGUACACACGAACGGAAUUAGUACCAUGGUCACCGGUUGUAGAAAUCUACUUGAAAAUUCGUCAAACACGUGAUGAUGAUUUUAUUCAUAGCUUUGUUGACUCAGAUGAUCACUUUCGCGAGCAACAGAAGAAAGAGAAACGAAGAUUACAGGAUCAAUUACGUCGUCUUCGUAAACAACAACAAAUUAUCCGAGAACGUGGUGGUGUUGGCAGUGGAGGGGUUAUGCCCGGUAUGAAGUCUUCAUUAGGAUUGGGCAAUAAAGCGAAUCGACAUAGACGGCAUAAAACACUGACAGAGGCGUUGAUUAAAAUGCGUUGUGGUGCAUGCGGUCAAAUGGGUCAUAUGCGUACUAAUAAAGAGUGUCCAAUGUAUGGACGUGGUGGCGGUAGUACCUCUGCAUCUCUACAGAAUGAUGUAGGUGUCCGAAGAACAACAACAACAUCAACUACAGAACGUGGUCAACUACGUUCACAAACCUCUCUGCGUAAUCUAUCGCGUUCAAUUGAUGACUUGGGCAAUACAAAGCUAGACGAUAGAGGAGAAUUAAGCUUCUUAGAGGCUAGUUGUUAUACUGGUCGAAAAUUAGAACCUGAAACGAUAGCAGCAGCACAAGCAUUAGCCUCUCGACCUGUAUGUGAAUUGUUAGCAGAACAAGAAGAAGAAGAAGAAGCAGAAAAGGCUAAUUAUGGUCAUGGUACGGAGAAUCUUGAUGAUAGACAUCAUAGCAAAGAUUCAGAGGAUUUUGAUGAAUCAUCUAUGCAUAGUGCUCUUGGAGAGAAUGAUAUGACGGUUGAAGGAACUAAGCUAAAACUUCACUCUGGUUUAACGAAAUACAUUAAAGAACAAAAUCGUCGUAAUCUAAAGCUGAAAAUACGUCGUCAGUUGUUAGAUCGUUUGGAUGCUGCAGCUGCUGUUGUCCAGUCGGCGGUUAAUUCAAGUCGACGUGGAGCAAUGGGUGCUGGUCGUGGUGGUGGUGGAAGAAAUCGACGCUCCAGUAUGGGUAUUAAUGAUGAUGACUUUCCGACAAGUAUCAAACAUCGUGGUAAUCGACGGCGUAUUGAUCCUCGUGUUGCGCUGAAUCAUAUUUUUGAAGGAAUCUAUAAGGGUCUUACUCAAAUACCCGGUUAUAAAAUAUUUAUGCAUCCAGUGAAAGAGAAAGAUUUUCCUAAUUAUUAUUCACAAAUUGAUACUCCAAUGGAUUUAUCUCAGAUACGUAUGAAAAUCAAUGAGAAUAGUUAUGCUACACGUGAAGAAUUCCUAUCUGAUAUCCGAUUAAUUUAUACUAAUUCUUCAAAAUUCAAUGGUCGUUAUAGUGCCUAUACAGAGACAGCUAUGAAAAUGUGUUCCCAUGUAAUGGAACAAUUUUGUCAUAAAGAAUUAAAAUUAAUGCGAUUAGAGUCACUGGUGAAUCCUCUACUGGAUGAAGAUGAUCUUGUCGGUUUAAGUUAUCUUCUGCAACAGGCUAUUGAAGCUAUGCGUAGUGUUGAGCAUAGUCGACCAUUUCAUAUACCGGUGGAUAAACGACGAUAUCCUGAUUAUUAUAAAAUUAUCAGUAAUCCAAUGGAUUUAUCAACGCUUGAAAAAUUAGUUAAAGAAAAUCGAUUUCAUUCACGUGAUGAAUUUUUCGAACGGACAGAAUUAAUUCUAACCAAUUGUAUUACAUUCAAUGGUACUGAAAGUCCAUUAACAGAGAUUGCACAAAAAAUGCUACAAGCUGCACGUACACGUUUAGAACAAGAUAAAGAGACAUUAGAUACACUUGAAGCGAAUAUACGUAGUAGUCAUCUUGGAAAUGAAUCACAAAGUUGUCCAAAUGAUUCUAAUUCUCUCCUAUUAGAAGAUGAACAACAGCAACAACAAAAAGCCGCCAAUUCAAAAUCUAAAUUACUGAAGCGUAGACUAUCACCGUUAAAAUCGGUUAGUAAAGAAGAGAAACAAGAAGCAGGAGGAGAAGGAGAACAGGAAGAAGUUAAGAAAAAGUUGCUUGGAUCAAUCGAGAAGGACGACGCCUUCCCUCAGCAUCACCAUGAUGUUAGUUUCACUAGUUCUGAUGAUCAAACCAUAACAGCUGAGAAAUCAAUGACAAGCAAACCAGUAGAUAGUGGUGGAUGUGGUCGAUUAUUACGUCAACGAUCAAGUGGAGCUUGGUAUGGUGUUGACCUAGACUAUGAUGAUGAUGAUGAAUCCGACGAAGAUGGUGGUAAUGCUGCUGGAAGUGACAACGAUGAUGAUGGUGAUGCUGAUACUGAUGACGACGAUAAGUAUGCGCAUAAUAAACCAACAUCCUCUGCUAAACGAAUGCCUAUUCGUGGUGGUAGUGGUAGUCGUAGUACGACGUCAAAACAAUGGACGACAACAACAACACAAGUAGAUGACGAUGAUGAAAGCAAUGAAUUACUAUACACAUCAAAAUCGAAUCAGUCGAUGUCUAAACUUCAAGAUUCUGAACAUACAGAAGAUUCAAACUAUACAGAAGAAGGUAAUGUUCUUGAUGAGAAUUCUUCAUUUUAUGAUUGGAAUAGUCAAGAGGCGAUUAGCCGAACUAUUGUUGCUGCUGCCGACAAUAAUUCUCUCAGACAAACUGGACAUAAUCUAAGUGAAGCAAGCUCUCCGACAAGUGAGCAUACAGUUGAGGAGGAAGAAGAAGAGGAUGAGGAAGACAAUAUUGAUCGACAUGACAAUGAUGAUCACAGUAACCAUGGUUAUGAUGAUGAUAAUGAUGAUUCUCAACAAAUCAAUGAUUGGAACCAGUUCACCAGGGGAAGUAAUGUCGAAGAAGGCGAUGGCGAUGGCGAUGAUUAUCAUGGUGGAGUGUUAGAUUUUCGUUCUCAACAAGAUAAAUUUCCUACUUAUAUUGAUGAAGACACUCGUUUUUCUCUAGGUAAUGCAGAUAUGCCAGGAUCAAUCACCGGUGUUGGUGUUGGUGUUGUUGGUGGUGAUGUUAAUACAGUCGGUGGUCAUUUGGAUUAUUCUCAGCUAGAUUUAAAUGAUAAUGAUGAUGAUGAUUUAGUUGCAAAAGACUUACAGUUGACUGAUUCAGAUGAUGACAGUUGUUUAUCUGGUCAAGGCGGAGAAUUAUGCACUGAUGAGAAUGAUGGUGUUGGUCUAAAUCUGGUUGGCGAUGAAGAAGACGUUGAUGGCAGAGGUGCUGGUGGUGGUGCCGAGGGUGUUAAUACACAUGCUGAUUAUACAGGAUAUAAUCUAAGCAAUUCUCAAAUUAUGCCCCAAAAUGACUCGUUCUCAUAUGAUCAACACUGCCAACAAGAACAAGAGCAGCAGCAACAACAACAACAAAAUGACGAUAACAAUCCUGUCUCCUUUUUUAUCAGUGAUGAAGACGAUGACGACAGUUAGAGGCGAAUAAAUAAAAAAAUUAUAUUCCUUCAUUAUUUAUUGUAUAUAUAUAUAUAUAUAUAUAUA